AUGCUGCUGGUUCCCUUGGGUUUGGGGCCUACUUCAAGGGCUUCUGAUUCGCUAGCCUUUGGGCUGUUUCUCAACAGAAGCAAUCCACUACUUAUAAGGAACUGUUUCCAGUGGUGGUGGCAGUACAUGUGUGGGGGCCGCAGGUGCGAAAAGCAUGUCUUGUUUCGCUCAGACAAUAAGGCCGUGGUCCAAAUGCUAAAUUCGAGGACCUCAAAGAUUCCAUUCCUUAUGCAACUCCUCGGCAAUUUGUUACUCUCCGCGGCACGCUGUAGCUUCUCCUUUUCAGCUCAAUAAAUCUUAGCCGUCUAAUAUCAAAUCGCUGAUGCUCUUUCUCGUUUCCAUUGGCAGGAAUUUCGACAGUUGGCCCCGGGUGCUCAGCCAACCCUAACACCGGUUCUUCCCCAGCUUCUAUCGGAAUUGACCAGUUUUUCUCUAGAACAGCAGUGUCACGCCUUCCUUAUGCAUGGCCUAACCCCAUUCAUUCGCAAGAAGUAUGCAACCGCUCAAAGGAAGUUCUUCAAUUAUUCCUUAAGCUAAGCCAGCUUUACCUCUCCGGGUCGCCUUGUCCCACUGAUGAAUGGACUCUGUGUCUGUUUGCAACUUUUCUAGCGAGAUUCUUACACCAUUCGACUAUCAAGGUCUAUUUGUCUGGUGUCCGCGCGCUUAAUGUUGAGCAAGGGCUACAAGAUCCUCCACAGAACUGUCCGCGUUUGUAA